AUGCAAACAUAUCCAACGUUUGUAGACGCUAUUACUUCAUUUAAAUCUCUUACUGAAUUGGAUCUAUCUAAAAAUUCUAUUGUUCAAAACGUGACCGAUGAUGAAUUAUUGGAUAGAUUAAAAGACUUGCCACUGCGAAAACUCCAUUUCAAUGAAUUUACUUUUUUCUUUCAAUCAACUCUUCCAUCUGGUAUCAGAAAAUUAUCUACCGAUCAUUGUUGGCUUGUCAACAUUUGCAACAGAAAUCCACAAGUAAAGGAAUUGGCAUUGCUGAAACAACAAGGAAUUGAUCAAGACCAUCAUCCAUUUCAAUUCUACCACGACAAUGUUCAAAAGGUUGUCAUCAAUCAAACAACAACAACAACGACAACUACUUGUGUCCUCGACCAAAAAAAUAUCAAUUCAUUGGUACUUUUGUAUCAAGAAAGUUUUAAUUGUCUUGCUUCUAAAAGGGUUUAG